AUGAAAAAUCAUCCCGCAAAAGCAUCAUCAUCUCAAACAAACCACAACAACAAGGCCACUCUGUUUGAAUUAACAAACAGACAAAGAGUUACAAAGGCCACUCUAGAAGAAAAAAAGAACAAUUUGUUCAGAAUUAUUCCGGAUGAUGGUUCUAAUUUUGAUGCAGGUGCAGAGUAUGCUACAAAGUCAGGAUCCAGUUUCCAUCUCCAAUCCUUUGCCUUAAAUCAAGUUUUAUUAGCUAACGUUGAAAAUGAAAAAAAGGAGAAAGAGAAGGCUCUAUCAGAAGUUAAAGAAGCCAUUCAAGUUGAAAAGGUUGAACAUGUCUCCUUGAUUAAAGAGAUGAAGGAUUUCAUGGCAACCAUGAAGAAGGAACAUCAAAUCGAAAUACAAACCUUGAAGGAGGAAAUGGCAACCAUGAAGAAGGAACAUCAAAUGGAAAUUGAAGCCUUGAGAAAGGAACAUCAAAGUGAAAUACAAGCCUUGAAGCAGGAAAUGGCAAAAUUGAAGGAAAGCAUGGACAACAUACUUGUUGCAAACACUCUAUCCAUGGCAUUCUCUAAGAUUGGAGGGAAGGUUCUGGCUGUUCUUGGUAUUGAAAAGCCCCAAUCCUCAGAAAUGAAAUGGUGGGAAAUUGCGUUGGACAAGUAUUUCCAGUCCGAUGCUGUUAUGGAAUUAGAAAUAUCAAAAUCGGAUUUGAAGGUAAUCUGGGAGAAUUUCAGAGAAAAGAGAAGCAGAAGAGCUCAUUCCACCAGCACAGACUUGCAGUUAUACGAUGAAAAGGAGCAAUUAUUGGUUAAAUGGCUAGAAAACCAAUUUAAACAAUGA